ACAAUCGAUGCGCGUCGCAACCUUUCCCUUUCCUUAUCCCGUUUAUAUAGUACGGCGACUUCCGCCCUUGCCGUUAAAGCAGUGCGAUCAUGGCGGAGCGCGUUCAGCAGCCCCCAGCUAAACGGCUCUGCUGCCGACCCGGGUAUAGUACGACAUGUAGGCAGGGGCAGCGAGCCGGUGGAACAAUAUGCGGCGGUUCGGGUUCUGGCCAAGGGGGAUCCAGCAAAACCCAGAGCCCCGAAUCGCUCCUGGACAUUGCAGCGCGGAAAGUAGCGGAGAAGUGGCCGUUCCAACGGGUGGAGGAGCGUUUCGAGCGCAUCCCGGAGCCCGUACAGCGGCGGAUCGUGUACUGGUCUUUCCCGAGGAGCGAACGGGAGAUCUGCAUGUAUUCCUCGUUCAACACGGGCGGAGAGGAGAGUGCGUCUAGCGGGGAGAACGUAGACGAGACGCGGUUACCGUUCCGACGCGGCAUCGCAUUGCUGGAGAGCGGCUGUGUGGACAACGUAUUGCAAGUCGGUUUCCAUUUGAGCGGCACAGUAACAGAACCGGCCACACCGUCAGAACCUGAGAUAGUGUGCAGCGUAGCCAUUAGCUUCGACCGCUGCAAGAUCACCUCCGUAACGUGCGGCUGUGGAAACAAGGACAUCUUCUACUGCGCCCAUGUGGUGGCGCUGUCCCUGUACCGCGUACGGCGGCCCGAACAGGUCAAACUUCACCUCCCCAUCUCAGAGACUCUAUUCCAGAUGAACAGGGACCAGUUGCAGAAGUUUGUGCAGUAUCUCAUCACCGUCCACCACACGGAAGUGCUGCCCACGGCCCAGAAACUGGCCGACGAGAUUCUCUCGCAGAACUCCGAGAUCAAUCAAGUGCACGGGGCCCCGGACCCCACGGCGGGGGCCAGCGUGGACGAUGAGAACUGCUGGCAUUUGGACGAGGAGCAGGUCCAGGAGCAGGUCAAACUCUUCCUGUCCCAGGGGGGCUACCAUGGCUCGGGCAAACAGCUCAAUCUCCUGUUCUCAAAGGUACGGGAGAUGCUGAAGAUGCGGGACUCGAAUGGCGCUCGCAUGCUAACGCUAAUCACAGAGCAGUUCAUGGCCGACCCGCGGCUGGCUCUGUGGCGGCAGCAGGGAACCACCAUGACGGACAAAUACCGGCAGCUGUGGGAUGAGUUAGGUGCCUUGUGGAUGUGUAUCGUGCUGAACCCCCACUGUAAGCUGGAACAGAAGGCCGCUUGGCUCAGGCAGCUCAAGAAGUGGAACAGUGUGGACGUGUGUCCCUUGGAGGACGGUAACCACGGCAACGAGCUGCCCAAUUUAACCAAUGCCUUGCCUCAGGGUGCACACGGCAACCAAGAUUUGGGCACCCGGCCCCAUCGGACGGUUUUCACACGAGCCAUCGAGGCAUGCGAUCUCCACUGGCAAGACAGCCACUUACAGCACAUUAUCAACGACGACCUCUACACCAACUACUGUUACCAUGACAACACUGAAAAUUCGCUCUUUGACUCUCGCGGCUGGCCCCUGUGGCACGAACACGUCCCUACGGCUUGCGCCAGGGUAGAUGCACUGAGAUCUCACGGUUACCCACGGGAAGCACUGCGAUUGGCCAUCGCCAUCGUCAACACCCUGCGCCGGCAGCAGCAGAAACAGCUGGAGAUCUUCCGAAACCACAAGAAAGAUCUGCUUCAUAAAGGUGUGACGUCCAUCACCAAUCUAGAGGGAUGGGUGGGCCACCCUUUGGACCCCAUUGGAACGCUCUUCAGCACGCUGAUGGAAACGGGCCGUGGGGAUGAAGACAGUUUGCAGGGAGGGUUCCUAGAUUUCUCAGCCAGCACAAUGAGCUCGAGCAAGCACAGCGAGCUGCACUUGUUUCCAUCCACGCGCCGCUUCCUGGAGGAGGGUGAGUCAUAUCUGGCCCUGGCGGUGGAAACGGCCCUGAUGGGACUGGGUCAGCAGAGAAUCAUGCCCGAUGGACUGUACACCCAAGAGAAGGUGUGCCGCAACGAGGAGCACCUGAUCGCCAAGCUGCAGGAAGUUGACCUGGACGAUACCCUGGUCAAGAUCUUCCGCAAGCAAGCCGUCUUCCUGUUAGAGGGUGGGCCCUACAGUGGUUUGGGAGAGCUCAUCUAUAGAGAGAGCGUUCCGAUGCACACGUUUGCCAAGUAUCUCUUCACAUGCCUCCUACCUCACGAUGCUGAACUGGCGUACAAAAUUGCACUGAGAGCAAUGCGGUUACCAGUGUUGGAAUCCAUGGCUCCUUCGGGCGACAUGUCCCGGCCUCACCAUAUAGUAUCAGUCGUCCCCAAUCGUUACCCGCGAUGGUUCACCCUCAGCCACAUCGAGUCCCAGCAGUGCGAGCUGGCCUCCACCAUGCUCACUGCAGCCAAAGGUGAUGCUCGAAGGUUAGAGACAGUAUUAGAGACCAUACAGAAGAACAUUCACUCCUCCUCUCAUAUCUUCAAACUGGCGCAGGAUGCCUUUAAGAUAGCGACGCUCAUGGACAGUCUGCCGGACAUCACUCUGCUGAAGGUCUCCCUGGAGCUGGGUCUUCAGGUAAUGCGUAUGACGCUUUCAACACUGAACUGGCGGCGGCGAGAGAUGGUACGAUGGCUAGUCACAUGUGCCACAGAAGUUGGGGUCUACGCACUGGACAGCAUCAUGCAGAGCUGGUUCACCCUCUUCACGCCCACCGAGGCCACGAGCAUCGUGGCCACCACGGUCAUGUCCAACAGCACCAUCGUACGGCUGCACCUGGACUGCCAUCAGCAGGAGAACCUGGCGAGCAGCGCGCGGACGUUAGCCCUGCAGUGCGCCAUGAAGGACCCUCAGAACUGCGCGCUGUCGGCUCUCACGCUCUGCGAGAAGGACCACAUCGCCUUCGAGACGGCCUACCAGAUCGUGUUGGAUGCGGCCACCACGGGCAUGAGCUACACGCAGCUGUUCACCAUCGCGCGCUACAUGGAGCACCGCGGCUACCCCAUGCGCGCGUACAAACUGGCCACGCUCGCGAUGGUGCAUUUGAACCUGAGCUACAACCAGGACACACAUCCCGCCAUCAACGAUGUGCUGUGGGCUUGUGCGCUCAGCCACUCGCUGGGAAAGAAUGAGCUGGCCGCCAUCAUCCCGCUGGUGGUGAAGAGCGUCAAGUGUGCCACCGUGCUGUCGGACAUAUUGCGGCGUUGCACGCUGACCACGCCUGGCAUGGUGGCGCUGCACAGCCGCAGGAACUCUGGGAAGUUGAUGUCAUUGGACAAAGCCCCACUAAGACAGCUCUUGGACGCUACGAUCGGGGCCUACAUCAACACGACGCACUCGCGGCUCACGCACAUCAGCCCGCGGCACUACAGCGAGUUCAUCGAGUUCCUCAGCAAAGCCAGAGAGACUUUCCUCAUGGCGCACGACGGACACAUUCAGUUCACACAGUUCAUAGACAACCUGAAACAGAUAUAUAAAGGCAAAAAGAAACUCAUGAUGCUCGUGCGCGAGCGGUUCGGCUAGUCCACCUUUGUACGCUUUUUAAGUAAAAAAAGAAAUGACAAAAACAAUUCAAACCACACCGGUAUUAUGUGUAUAGACUUACGUUUGCGUAAAAAAAACGGGAAAAAAAAAGUGGAACGUUGUCAUGUUGUGGAAGUUUGUGCGUUUCCCCUUUAUUUGUGUGAAAGCGUGUGAGAGUAUGUCACGAUGUUACGGUUUACACUGAGUAUAUGUUGUCCAGUGGCGAAAGUCCACACAGCACUCCAGAUCUCUCUGUUAAACAUUCACAGCCUCAAAGUGAAGAAGAAAUAUGGCUUUAAACCAAACAACACCUCCAUCCUAAGUGACAAGUACCUCGUACGGCUUCAGCUUUACUCCUUCCUGAACCAGUCACACGUUACCAGUGUACUAAAGAAGUGUUAGAAACGAGAAAAACAAAAACACAUCUCCAUUUUUUGAGUUUCCUUUUCAGUUCACCAGGCUAAUUGCGUGGCUUUGCAGUGCUGUUUCGUCCAAAAGCAUGUCUCUCGUGCACACACACACAGUCUUCACCCCCAUUGUGCUUGCGCUUGUGGAAACUUAGCGACUGUCGACAUACAUCUCAGGGAUUCUCUUUGAAAAAAAAAAGGAAAAAAAGAAGAAAAAAAUGGUCAUGAAAGAAUGAGAGCAUUUUAUUGUACUGUAUAUAUGAUAGUAUAUGUCUGAAUAUUGAAAAAAUGUAUACGUUAACUAAUUUAUAAAAAGAAUAUUCUAUGUAAUGCAAAA